GUGGGGGGUGCGUCGAUGCGUUGCUAAGGAGGCGCGUGCGCGCGGCCGCACGGGAAGGCGAGCGUAGGAUUGCGUGCUGGUGUCCGGGGCCUGAGAACAGGCGGCAGCAGAAGGGUGCGGGUUGAGUCCGCUUGUCUCUGCCUGGCACCUCCACACGGACAUCUCACCGUUUCCCACGCCGCAGACUGACUGAAUGACGGACUCCGACCAAGAGAUGGAGCCGGUUCCUGUCCUAGGACUGUCUCUUCCCAUCGGGAUAUGAUCAUGCACGGGACGGCUCACUCAGACAGUUGCUUCUUCUGCUAGAAUGUUUCUUGUGAAUGUCCCUCCUCUGGCUACUUUCCAAACAAAAUGGGCACCAUUUGGGCAGACCACAACUUGUAGAAUACCCGUCAGCUUCUCUGAGUCUGAAGAAGAUCUUUCCAGGGCCGCUCUAUCCACACAAAUCCAGGGCGUUAGCAACAAUCUCCCAAGCAAUGAGUCUUCUCUUGAAGUGACCGUGGAAUAUGAGGGUAUUAUGCAGGAGAAUAGGAAGGGGGAUUUUAAUAUCGAAAGAGGACUGAAGACUCAUGCCACUGUGCUCAAGGGACACCCAAGAGAGAGUGCUACGCUGGUGGCCACUGCUGAGUUCAAAGAUAAUAAAGAUGAUAAUUUGGAGUUUGGCCCUCAGGCAUUGGAAUCGGAUAGUGAUGACUCUGUAGAUCGAGAUAUAGAGGAUGCAAUUCAGGAGUACCUUAAAAAGAAAGGUACCGGUGAAGCAUCUAACGAAGGGCUCAACACAAAGAGCUGCACUUCCAUUGGGCAUGAAGUUCUGCUAAAAGACCCUCAGAACAUCUCUGCAGCCAAUACCUGUCCCGUCGGUAUGGUUACUGCAAGUGACACUUGCAAUAGCUUUAGACUGAAAGAGCUGCAAAGAAGCUCUUCCCCCGAUAGUGUGAGCAGUGAUGACUCCUUUGAGCAGAGCAUCAAGGCAGAAAUUGAGCAAUUCCUUAAUGAGAAAAAACAGCAAAAUAGUAAGACCAGCAUCAGUUCACCACCUAAAGUUCCUCGCAUCGAAGCUCCGGCAAAACCAACGUUUAAAACCAAUAAGACUUCAGAAAAGCAAAACUCGAACCAAGGAGGGUCUGAGAUUUUGCAGAAACAUGCUUCAGAUUCUAAAUGCCCCAGACCUAGCUCAGAGACUUCUAAAACACAACCAAAUGCCUGUUUUCUAAAGCAGAACGCCAAGACAAGCGCUCCGUCUCAAAAAUCCACAUCAAUUGUAAUGGAAGAGCUUUCAGACUCAAGCAGCGAUGAUGGAAUCGAAGAAGCAAUUCAGCUUUAUCAGUUGGAGAAGAAAAGGCAAGGGGUAACGCCCACCAUCACACCAGAGAAAGUAAAAAGUUCCACCCUGGCUGAUUUGCAGAUAAAUUUGGAAAGCAGGAAAAGAAAAAGCUUGAAUAGCAAACCUGCUGCCUUCCAGGAUAUCUCAAAUUGCCAGCCUCUGUUCAGCAAGAGACCAUUCCUAUCCAGAGAGGAUAGCUGUUUGAAGCGUGAAACUGGUGCUCAAACAACUUGCAGAGCGGAGACUGCUACAGAGCUUUUGUGUGCAGAAGCAAUACUUGACAUUUCUAAAGCAAUCCUGCCUUCUCAACCACAAAGCACUAAUGUGAUUCCUGCAGAGCUUCCCCCACCUCCUCCUGAACCUCAGUCUGAUAGUGACAGUUUGGUCGACAGUGAUGACAGCAUAGAGCAAGAAAUAAGGACAUUUUUGGCUCGCAAGGCCCAGGAGGAUGGUGCCGGCUUUCCACCUGUUAAAGAGGAGUCAACAAUGGAAACUAGUCCCGAACUUGGAAGUUUGUCUUCAAAAUCAAAGCUUUCUCUCACACACAAGAAAAAAGCCAAGGCAAUACAAUCGGAUUUAAUGAGAAAAACUCUUCCCUCGGAUAAAAUGGGUUCUAAUGUAGAGUUUAAUAAGCAGCCACAGCCAGAUGAGCGAUUACAGAGCAGUGGUAAGUUAUCUGCUAAAUCUGCACCUUCAGAAAUGAACAUGAGAACUGGAGAAAGUCUUGUGGUUCUUGAGGUCUCAACAGCGUUAAACAGGGGCAGAGGGAGAUCCCAUGAACUGGCAAGAAGCUAUUCUCGUGGAGAUAAAAGCAGUUCCUUGGACAGUGACGAAGAUCUAGACACCGCCAUAAAAGAUCUGCUCAAGUCAAAAAGGAAAUGCAAAAAGCGUCCUAAAGAUGGUAAGUCUCAGUGUAAGAAGAGAGUCCGAUUUGAUCAAACCAUUAGCAAGCCACUCGAGAUAUCCGAGGACUCCAGACAACCUCCCAUAAAUCCACCAUUCAUCAAAAGUUGCCUUUUAAAUUCCAAUACUGCAAAGGAAAAUUCUCCUGAGAAGUCAAAGAAAAGAAGAGAGGAAAAGGCAGUGGAGAGAAGUGUUCCAUCGGUUUCUUUUCCUCCCCAGUGUAAUAAAGAUGGUCAACAUAUGCCAGCUUGUGCCUCCGAUGAGCCUAGCAGCAAAACACGUGCCUUCCACGAUGCACAGGAUAGCAGCUCUGUGGAUAGCGAUGACAGCAUAGAGCAGGAGAUCAGGAAGUUCCUGGCCAAAAGAGCGAGAGAGUCAGCGGCGCUUACAGCAGCACAAAACGAGGCUGUUCCUAUUCCAUGCCCCUUGCCUAAAAUAGAAAUAAAUACCCAAACUAUAUAUCCGCAACAGGCAGUUGUAUUAGAUCCUGCACCUGAAACUGUACUUCAACCUGAUAAGUGUAAAAACAUUUCUGCUUCAGCCACUUCACAGACCACUGCGGUUCAGCCAUUACCGCUACAUUGUGGCAAACAAAGUCUACUGCCUGUAGGACCGUUGAAUUCCCUCAGAACAGCAAUGAGUCCCCAGAGUACACCGAAUUGUUUCAUAAUAAAAAAAGAAUGUUUAUUAGAGCAGAACAGUAUCAUUAAACCCAUCGAGCAGUGCCUUCCAACUGCUCCCAGCCGGGUGAUUGUGCAGGCCAAUCUCAGCAGCCCCCAGCACUUGCCCAUUGCAGGAAAUUUUGUGGCUGGUGUAAAAUGUGUGUCCGGCACUGAAAAACAACUUCUAAUAAACGUAGGAAAUACUGGUCCGUCUAAAUUAGCCACCGAGAUUUGCAAAAGCAUGGUGCAUAAUUCCCGGCUGGCUAAUUGCCCACCACUGGACAGGAAGGGGCCUAUCUUGGACAGAUCAAAAGACUUGCCAACCAUUAACAUCAUUCCCAAAGCUCCCAUUGUCCGCUCUGGGUUGUACUUGCUCACCACGAAAGUGUCUAAAGAGAACUCUCCUUCCUUGCGUCUCCCCAUUAACACCACAGCAUAUGAAACAGGGAUUAAUUUAAUGAGCAUUCAGUACUGCCAGGUGAACAUGCAGAAACCUCCGUGCGUAAGUGAGCGGUCAGUUGAUCAACAGAAAAGUGCAGAAAGUAGGGUACCCAUGCCGGGUCAUGCAGCAAACCCACCUCUCUUCAUUACCAGAAGCAGAGAGUUUAAGACAGGGAGAGAGGGCUUAGAAAGGGAAGGCAGAACAAACCUUGACGAGGCAGCCAGUCACGACUUAGUGGCAGACUCUGUUAAAAAUAUGAAGGAAAUCAAAAAUUUACAAGAAAGCAAAAACGUGUAACUAUUUUUUUAUUGUUGUUGUUUUGCCACAUAUCAAUUUUGUAGCUGUAUAGGAUGUAAAUACCUGAAAGAUAAGACAUAAAUGACAUGGCGUUA